CACCCCGGAGCUGCCGCGGUUGUCCUCAAGCAAAACUGUGUAUUUGGUGUCAAAGAACGGAAAGAACCGCUCACCGGCGACUCUCCUACACAAGGCGAAGGACCACGCACCCGCCGCUCUCGUAUGGAGGGUGAGGAAUUGCUUACCCGCCACUGACACGCACAAGGCUGGAAACUACUCACCUGUGACUCUCCCGCACAAGGUGAAGAACUUCCCCGCCGUGGCUCGCCCAUACAAGGCGAGGAAGAACUCAUUCGCGGCUUUGCGCGAGCCAUGCUCAUCAUCCUCGGAGCAGAAGGAAUGUGACUGGAAGACUCUCUUUGAGAUGCUCGCCACAGCAUACCCGUAUCCUCUGCGCUCGGUCGGCCUGAUACGCCGGCUGCGGCGGGUUCUGGGCCAGCAGCGGCAGAACCAGCUGCUGGAGCGGGUGGCGCUCCUGCGCGCCAAGUACGCGCAGGAUGCGCGCGAUGCGUGCAGGGCCGUGCGCGCUAAGCUAGACAGCAAACUGGCGGCGGAGAGCGGUGAAAAGCCGGCCGCCGUCGGCCACGAGAAGGCUGACGCCGCCGCGGCUGAAUGCGAGGCCUGCACGGGGAGGGCGGAGACCGAUUCGGAGAAGGCAGAGGCGAGCACAACACGUCAGAAUCGCCUAGUGGUAUUGCGACCCGAGCCGGACCAGGCGCUGCGCGAUCUACCUCAUGCUAACGAACUGUACAGCAUACCCACCAGCCUGAAGCAGGCGUUGCACGUGAUCUUCGACCUUCGCAUGGAGGUGGUGCGGCUGCGUAAGGUCGUAAUGCAGCGCACGAUCGCACUGGCCGAAGAACAGGUUGCGAGGGCGAACGAGGAGAUGGAGAGCACGCGGCGGGAGAGCCGCAUGCUGGACCAGCUAGACUCGGUUUUCACCCGGGUGCAGCAGUCGCGCCUGCUGCCCGGCGAAAGGCACCUGAAGUGGAAGAGCGAAGACUUCCUGCGCGCCAUCGCACUGCGCCGGCUCUGCCGCCGGAGCGCCUUCGCCUACGUGCGCAACACGUUGAAGAUCCCGCUGCCGUCCAUGCCGUCCGUGCGCUCGGUGGCGGUGCGUGGUCGGAUGCCGGUCGUCACAGAGCGCUUCGACGAGCUUGAACGGUGGUGGAAGCUACGCGACACCGGGCCGCAGAAAAAGCCGGAGCAGUCGGCGCAGAAGGAUCCGGACGGUUCGGUCGCCUCUGAGUGUGGCCCCAUGGUGUCCUCGCCGACGCCCAGUCCUAAACCGCCGGCGAGGCAGCGCAGCGGCGGUGGCGCAAAGCGAAAAGCGCGGGCCGACCGCCCAGAUGCGCCCAGCCUCAAGCGGCCAGCGAGGCUGGACAGUGGCGGCGGCACGAAGCGAAGAGCGUCGGCCGACCCGGCAGAAAAGAGACGCUCCAGACCCUGCUGGGAACCGACCAAUUCGGAAUGCGCGCCGCCGUCGGCGCCAGGCUGA